ACGUCUAGAGGAUUCACUCGGUCACAGCCACAGGAAAACAUGAACUCCUGUUGUGUUUGGUGUUCUGCUGUCAACAAUAACUUGUCAUUUUUUGUUUUGAAAAGGAAAUUCGGAGAUAAACGAUGUCCAGGAAAAAGCAUAAUAUAUCCUACAUAAAACCGGAAGACCCCAAAUUUCUUCGAGAUCUUAAAGCUGCUGCGGGCUACAAGGAAGGGCCUGAUCUAGAUACCAAGAGACAAGAACUUCCAAACAUUGAUGAUGAUGAUGAUGACCAUCUUUGCGAAGAAAAACCAACAGUCGUCGUGUUGAAACAAGGUGAUUUAACCGCUGAAGAAGCUGACGACUUCGAGAAAACAAAAAAAGCAGAGGAAGAAAAUGCACCAGCCGACCUCACGAAGCGAAUAGUCUUCGAGUCCAAAAGAAAAUCAAAAUCCCAGGCCGCGGAUCAAGACUCGACCAUCGAUUCCAAAAUGAAAAAGAGAAAAAAAUCAAAACAGAGUAAAUCCGUCCUGUCUUUCAACGAGGAUGAAGACGAAUGAGAAAAAAAAACAAUCCCACAAGAUAAUUUACACAUAAACUUGUACAUAUAAUUUCCUCAAAAAAGAAAAUCUCUUCCUACGUAAAAAAAAAUGGAAUAAAUCCGUACGGAAAAA